AUGCCAACGAGGUACGCUUCACGUUGGAAGAAACGACAGUGGACUAACCCGGAGGCGUCAGACGUACAUCACGAAGCUGCUCCAGGUCUUCGCGCCCCUGCCGAUGGAUUUCAGCCAGUAGUACGAGAAGCCGGACAAGCAACAGCUCUCGAGCACCUACCGGGCACACUGUGGACACCCAAGGACGUCCAGCUCAAGGACGUCGACAACACCCAAUAUCUCAUCCAUGGUGUUGGCUUCGACUCCAGACGAGUACAGCUGGUGAGUGCCUCGGCUGCGGCCGGGUACAGCACAUUCCGCUAUGACCGUCUGGGCACCGGCCUCUCCGAGCAUGCUUCAGAUUCCUACAAUGAGGCGCAGGCGCUCAUCGACCUCGCCAUCGCCACGAAGCUUCUUGGCGUGCUCAAGGACGGAGGGAUCGGGGGACAGAAGCUCUCCAAGGUCGUCGGUGUUGAGCAUAGCUACGGCUCUAUGCAAGUGCAAGCCCUGUCAGCCACUGUGCCCCAUCUGCUGGAUGGCGUGCUUCUCCAAGGGUUCUCCAUGAACGGGUACGUGUUUCAUCCACAUUCCUCCGUCCCUCCUAGCGUCCUGAAGUCCAUUUCAAUCCGCUCAGGACUGGCUAAAAGAGGCUCUUGCUAG